UAAAACAGUCUCUUGAGUUUGGUGAUUAGUGUUGUUUGACAUUUUAGUGAAUUCGAUAUAUUUUUUUUUAAUUUAAAAUAAUAUUUUUUAGAGUAAAAAUGGUACUGCAGGAAUUCCCAAUUCAGGAGGAGUAUGAAAAGGGAACUGUAUCGCCCCAAGAUGUGGAAAAGCUUCGACAGUGGCUGAAAACCCAACCCCAUUUGCCGGAAAAGCAUAUUACAGACCUGGACAUCAUAUUAGCAUACCACAGCUGUAACAGAAGUGUCGAGGUGGCCAAACAGCUUAUGGAUCUCAACUAUUCGCUAAGGACACUCUUCACAGCUUAUUUUCAAGAAAGAUCUUUUGAAACUACAAUGAAAAGGACAUUUAGGAACACAUUAUUUGUUCCUCUGCCCGAGCGGACAAAAGACGGUAGCGUGGUUAUGUAUUGCCACUGUGUAAACGGUGACCCUAAUGAAUUUGAUGUUGCACAUAAUAUCAAAGCAUUUUUAAUGAGUAUCGACGUCUUGCAGUACGAGACAGGAACCUGGCCAGGUCUAGAAGUAGUAAUCAAUUUUGAUGGAUACACAAUGGGGCAUAUGGCCAAAAUAGAUCUGCGGAAUGUCCAGCAGUUAUUAUAUUAUUUACAGGAGGCAAUACCUUUGAAGUUAAAUAAACUUCACUUAUUAAAUGCGCCGUCGUAUUUUGACCGUUUAAUGACAAUAAUGAAGCCGUUUAUUAAAAAUGAAAUGAUAAAUUUGUUGGAGUUUUACACUGAUGGUUUUAAAAACAUUGGCAAAGUGCUACCUCUGGAAGCAUUUCCCAAAGAUGUUGGUGGAAAUUACAAAACGGUCGCAGAGCUGAGUGAAGAGGUUUUCAACAAACUAGAAGCAGCACAGACGUUCUUUGCAGAGGAAAACAAGAAACGCGUGGUGGAAUCACUGAGGCCUGGAAAAGGGAAGAGUUACGCAGAUAUCUUUGGAGGUGUUGAGGGUUCUUUUAAAAAGCUGGAAAUUGAUUAAAAAUAUUUUAUAUUCGAA